CUACCUGUAAAGUGUAAGUCCUUCGAGUUCAUUGAUUUAUCAGCGUCCCCAAUCGCAGUAGCAACUAAUAAUUAUUACUGUCUAUCAUAGAUAUAGCGAAGGUAGCGCCAAUAGGAGAAUGGUGAAAUGGCUCGCUUUCCGGUCGAUCAGUGAAUCGCAGCUAGGCCAAAUCAAUCAUUGUGUCGCGCGAAUCGGCCGGUGUGAAGUGCUCGGGCCCGGGCGGGUCUGCGGGAUCAUCACUCAAUGCGCGCGUGGUGAGCAGCCGACAUGUGGUUGAACUGGUGGCGACUACCUGCAGCUGCAGGCCAGACGAGACGGCGGAUGUCAGUGCCCGUCGUUCCUUUGCUUCUGGUGCAGUUCAUGGUGUUGACGAUGUGGUCGUACGUUAUGGGGCUAGCUGAGACGAAAACAUCGCCAACGGCAACCCCUGGACCAAUCAAGGGCUGUGGCUGCACGGCGAACGGCACCGUCAAGUACUCCGUGACCGUGCAGACAAACUGGACGGUCCCGGCACCACCGACGAGCACCUCCCAGCUGUUCGGCUUCUCCUGGUACACGACACACACGGCGUGUUUCCGGCUAUGGCAGCACGACGGCGAUGGCAAUGCGUCGUUUGGCGUGCGCCAGCUACUGAUCGACGGAACGACAACCGCGAUCAGAUCCGAGACGCUCUACGUGCAGCCGAACGUCCUCGAUGCUCGACAAGACCUGGAUUAUCUUGAAGCUCAUGACGCAACGCACGGGAUUGAGCUGUUAGCCGACAGGCUGAGACCGUUCUUCUCCUUCAUCCUACCAAUCAGAUCGACUGACUGGUUCACUGGUGUAGACAGUAUCAGAUUAUGUGACGGUGAUCGCUGGAAGAACCUCACACUGCCGCUGUAUGCCUGGGAUGCGGGAAUUGACGACAAUGUCAAUUACACCUACUCACCACUGCCAACUCUCAACUCUACGGAUCAGCCCAGCGAGCUGAUCGCUCUGCUCUCUCCAAACACCACACGCAGUACGUUGUUCCACACUGGACGUCAGCACGUCGAGCCGAUAGCCCAUGUCAUCCUGACGCCUCUUGCGGUCACUGAUCCCUUCUCGGACCCUACGGUGAACUGCCCCGAGUGUGAUCAGCUGCAGUCGCAAAUCACCAGACCACCACCGCGCAGUACAGUAGCAUCAGUAAGCGGUGCAUCAUCAACCCAAGCUACUACAGCUAGCAGUAGUACCACAGCAGCGCCGCCGACCUCCCCGCCAGUAUUAGAUGGUUGCCAGUGCCAGGCAAGCUCUGUUGUUCGCUAUCGUCUCGACAUCGUUGCCAACUGGACCGUGCCACGUGCGCCGCACAGCGGAAAUUUUGGUUUCUUGGUGGCAGCAUCUCACGACCAGUGCUACCGCAUGUGGCAGGUUGGUCAGGAUAUUGGCAUCGGUGCAGACGCUGUGGCUGAGCUAGGCAACUCCACUAAGCUAGUGAGGGAACUGCUAGCUGCAGGUCUGCAUGUGCGUGACGUACUGACGGGGAGUGCUUAUCAAGCGGUGGUCAACGCUACUGAAGUGUGCAAUAUCACGGUUGACAGGUUUCGUCCGUUCGUGUCGCUGAUGCGAAACAUCUACUAUUCGCCAGACUGGUUUGUCGGAGCCAGUGCAGUCAAUCUAUGUGCAGGUGAUCAGUGGCAGAAUGUGUCUAUUCCACUGUAUCCAUAUGAUGCAGGCACUGACUCAUCGACCAGCAUAGUGAGUUUCACACACAAGGCAACUUCACCACCGCAGCCCGUAGCUUUGCUGUACCCGAACACAACACGCUCGGUCUGGUUUCACAGCUCCACGCGUAGCACUGUGGAACCGCUUGCCUGGGCUAUGUUUACUGUGCUGGAUACCCUCGAUGAAUACUCAGGUCCCAAGCCAAACUGUUCCCUUUGUUCAUCUCCUACAUACACACAGCCAACAACGGCUGCCAGCCCAUCAUCCUCUAUGCCAACGUCAUCGGUGAAUGUGAUCACCAUCGGCGGGACGACGGCCACGGCAUCUCACCCGGCAGAAACUUCAAGUUCAUCUGCGCAUGAGAACACCACAGCAUCGUCGACUGCAAGCCACACAACAUCUGGUAUAGAGGGAACGACUGGAUCAUCCUCCACAUCGGCGCCAAAUUCUUCCCCGACGGCCACUGCUUACGAGAGCAGUUCAGCACCACCUGCUACGCCGACGACGGCAGUACCUAGUGUCAGCUUCCACUCUUCAGCAAGUCCUUCACAAACACAGCUCUCCUCUGUGACAUCAACAUCAAGCACUGGACAUGGUCAUCACCACACUACGCUGACUCCAGCUGCAACAAUGACAACACAAACAGUUACCAACCCAACAACCACUUCAGCAACGGAUGCACCAAGCAGUACUGCCACUCUAACACCGCCGGCAACAACUACGACGAUACCUGCAUCAAUGCCAAUCACAAGUCCACCAUCUGAACCAACCGCCGGGGUUCCAGCAACAACCACAACGAUACCUACACCAAAAAUGACUACAAGUCCACCAUCUAAACCAACUGCACCGAUACCCACAUCAACACUGACCACAAGUCCACCAUCUAAACCAACUACCGGGGUGCCAGCUACAAACACACGCUCACAGCUGACUACUACGCGUGUGCCUGUCAGCCCCUCUCCCACGAGCCGGGUAAUGCCCGUAUCCACUGAACAUACCCAGCCCGUAUCCACUGUACACACAACAUCGCAUCUUGCAUCAGUCCCGACCAGCACGACGGCCAGAGUGAACUCUGCGUCGGUGCACACUUCUGUGGAAAGUAGUGUACCGACGACCAAUGCACCUACCGCAUCAUCUCAACAUGCUUCUAUCCAGCAUCCAUCUGCAACCAGCCCUGCCACCGAAAGCAGCACCACAGCUACAGGCACCAGUAGCAUGAGCAGCGGCACGAGUAGCAGCACUAGCAAGAAAGGGUACAUUUCAGCUACUCACGGAAGUUCUCCGACUGCCAAUGGAUCCUCGGCCACCUCAUCAGUUAGCUCUGUGUCUUCAUCACCAAUGACUAUGAGCGGCAGUGGCACUACUCCACAAGUACUGGAGAACCAUGGAUCUUCAGCUGGCAUUAUUGCAGGGGCAGUGGUUGGCGUCGUGCUCGUUCUGGGGAUUUCCCUUGUUCUCUUCUGCUACAUCAAGAGACCGGCCUUACUGUUUCGUGUUCGAAGAAGUCUUCAUGAUCGGUCAAGGCGAGACCAGCGUAUAGAAGCACUGGCCGGCAUACUGCACACAGAUCCUGACCAUCACCACCAGCAGGUUAGUGGCGAGGCAAGUCUGCCGCGGUGGAUUGACAACGGCGAUUACGACGACGACGACGAAGUCUUGGUGACGGAGCGCACACAGCUGACGCUCCUUGAUGACCAUGAUCUGGACCUGGACUAUGACCUGUUGGCCGAGAAACCAAGCCGUGUCCGGCAGCUGGGUGGCAUUACAGAAGAGGACGAACGCUCGCAGAACAUGUCCAUUAGUUUAUAAACUCUCUAAACUGGAAUGUUGAGCAAAUGUUAAUUUUUUUAGAUUAUGAAAUUGCACUUCGAACUUGGAUGUUGAGCCAAUGUUAUUAUCAUUUUGUCCUUUCUUUUUUAAAUCCAAAAUUACACUAUGGUUUAGUCAUGUACCAGUAUGGACUUGAUAAACAAUUUUUUUAAGGAUGAGACCUAACAGGGUCGAGACGAUCAGUUGUUGGGAAUUCGAGAAUUUUCUAUUUCACAAAUUAUUUACAAGAUGACUUCCUCCGGGGUCGACAAAAUUCUCAAUUCUUAUCGCCAGAGGUUGUAACGGUAUUCUAUUCUAAGGACUUGAGCAAACUAGUAAUUCCUUCACAAUCGUAACUUUUAAGAGAAAGAAAACAUGUACAAUCAUCUGUUUAGUUGAUUCUCAGAGAUGAUAAAUGGUUCGGAGUGCAAGAAUAAUGACCUAAUAUUAUUAGUUUGUACUUCGAAAUAUCGAGCAAGGCAUUA